AAUGUCGUCCUUUGACCUCAAAUUCCUUACGGCGGGAUUGCACCUUCGUCCUCCGAAUCAUUUUGGCGCCGGGUCAGUGGAAGUCUCCCCACCCCAUCCAGAUAAAGCCGAGGGCGGUGUUAAGCGUCUUGCAAUCACCUCCAGUUCUCUUGUCGAACGUCCUCAUCCUACUGUCCACACCAUUCCGGACGUCGUAGACUAUGCAGCCCGCACGUUUGGCUCCGCCCACAAUGCCGUUGGUUGGAGAGACGUUAUCAAGGUCCACAACGAAGUCAGAGAAGUCUUGAAGACUAUUGAUGGGAAGAAGACUAUUGAGAAGAAGACAUGGAAGCUCCAUGAAUUGAGCGACUAUAAAUUUCUAACAUACGUGGAGUUUGCAGAGGCCAUCUCCGAGGUCAGCAAGGGGUUAAUUGCCCUUGGCAUUCGGAGGGAAAAUGUGGUAAAUAUCUAUUCUCAGACCAGUGUAAACUGGCAAAUGGUCUCCCAUGCUUGUGCUGCCAUAUCUACUCCCAUCGCGACAGCGUAUGACACACUUGGUGUCGAAGGACUUUCUCGUUCAUUGAACGAACCCGAAUGUUCAGCUAUAUUUACCAAUUCCGACUUGCUUCCCACUCUUGGGAAGGUUAUCACCAGGACACCUUCCUUGAAGUACAUUUUCUUUGACGGCCAUCCAGACAAUGACGUCCGUGACGACAUGAAGGAAGCGCGUCAAGACAUCCGCAUUAUGCACCUUGACGAGCUCCGAGCUCUCGGAAGAAGCCAGCCUUCUGAAGAGCUUAAGGUCAAACUUAAAGAACGAAGACCAACACCUAACACCUUGGCAUGCAUCAUGUACACCAGCGGUUCGACCGGUGCACCGAAAGGCGUUUGCAUCACGCAUGCCAACCUCAUCGCGUCUGUGAGCUCCGUUGCGAUCGUCUUCGGACCCCAUAUUCCAUGUGGAGACAUAUACCUUGCCUACCUUCCACUCGCUCACGUCUUGGAGUACAUCGUCGAAUUAUGCGCCUUGUUCGUCGGAAUCACCUGCGGUUAUGCCAGGCCAAAAACGCUCACUGAUGCAGGUGUUAAAAACUGCGUGGGUGACCUAAAGGCACUGAAGCCAAACAUUAUGUUCGGUGUGCCAGGUGUCUGGGAGGCGAUCAGGAAGGGGAUUGUGGGCAAGCUACAGUCUGGCGGAAUUGUCAAGAGAAGUCUGUUUUAUGGGGCUCUCGAGGCAAGACGAAGAGGGAUACCAUUCUUGUCUGGGUGGGGAGAAAGGGUGGUUUUGAGCAAAGUCAGGGAGGUUACAGGUGGAAGGCUCAAGUUCGCUAUGAACGGUGGAGCGCCGAUCAGCGAGGAGACACAGGAAUUCCUCAGCGUGACUAUUGUGCCCAUGAUGCAAGGAUAUGGUAUGACCGAGUCGUGUGGCAUGUGUACACUUCUUCCCCCAGAGUACAUGCAAUUUGGAGUAGUCGGCCUCCCAGUUCCAUCUAUCGAGAUUAAACUUUCGGACAUACCAGAGGCUGGUUACUUAUCCUCGAACUCACCACCCCAAGGCGAAAUUUGGAUUCGUGGACCGUCGGUGUCAAAAGGCUACUACAAACGCCCUGACCUUGACGAUGACCGAGACAUCUGGACAGAAGACGGAUGGUUCAGAACCGGUGAUGUGGGAGCAUGGCACGAAGACGGGACACUGAGCCUGAUCGACCGAGUUAAGAACCUGGUCAAAAUGCAAACUGGAGAGUUCAUAGCUUUGGAACACUUGGAGUCGAUAUACAAAGCAUGUGGCUAUGUUUCCAACAUCUGCGUCCACGCUACUCCAGGAGCAACCUACCCAAUCGCUAUCAUAUCUCCUCACGAGGCCAACCUCAGACAAGUGAUAUCGGUCUCACACUACCCGGAGGUCGUUCAGCUACAAUCCGCAGAACUCAUAAGUAUCUGUAUGGAUCUUCGUGUUCGACAGCUCGUGCUUCAAGCGUGUAAUGAAGUUGGGAAGAAAAAUGGCCUCAAGGGACCAGAGAUCCUUGGUGGAGUGGUAUUAGGACCAGACGAAUGGACGCCCGAUAAUGGGUUCCUUACUGCUGCAAUGAAGGUCAAGAGGACCAAUAUCGCCGCAGCUUUCCAAGAAGAGAUCAAGUCCGCGUCAUG